AUGCCUUCUUCUGCAAAAAGUGUAUCGAAAAAAACACGAAUUUCUACUAAGACAACAACUGAAAAGGAUAAUGAUAUUUAUGCUGUUUUACGAAAUGAGAAUGGGGGAAAAUUGUUAAUAGUGCCACGUAUGGAAAUGAUUUCUGCAAAACAAUUGUCGAAGGUAAAUGUUGGCGAUGUUGUUUCCCAUGGAAAACGUGAUAAACGUAUUCGAGCGACAGUUGUUUUACUUGGUGGCAAAGAACAACGUAAACAGUCGUUACAAAUUAUAGAAAAGAUGGAAAUGGCUUCUAGUCAAUCGUUAAACAGCAACAAAAGGAAAACAACAGAAAAUACAAUGUUGUUAAAUAAAAAACAAAAGAAAAGUGAACAUCAUUUUUUGGAUGACGAAGCUGUUGCAGAAGACGAAGAUGACAAAAUAUCGGGAGAAGACGAUGAAGGCGAAGAAGCAGAAGACGAUGAAGGUGAAGAAGCGGAAGAUGUUGAGGAAGGGGAAGAAGUUGCUGAAGAACAAGAAGAAGAGCAAGAAGAGAGAGCGAAUAAUAAAGAAAAUAGACAAUCGCUUACAAAAGGAGAUGUGCAAGGGUAUAUGCCCGUAAACAUUGUCUCAUCUCCUCCUGAUUUGACGAAUACGAUGACUCUUGAAUCACCACGCCUUAGCACAGAAUCUUCAGCCACAACAAAACGUAAAGUUUCACCCAAUGAGAAUGAUCUAUCAAUUCCAACAAAUACAAAGCGUCAGAAAAAUAUCGGUUUCAUUUCUGCUAAAGAUCAUGCAAAGAUUGUCUCUCAACUUGUUGCAGCGAAUGAGCAGAAUGAAUUAUAUCAAACAACAUGGAUGCCACGACCUAUUGAUAAAGCAACAAUCCAGUACUUUAUUAAUAUUGGCAAAGUAUUAUCCGAUGAAGUUGAAGGUUUAUCAGAUCAUAAUGAUAGUACUGUUGAUCAAGAUGCUUUAGUUCGUUCAAUUUGUGAGACACUUGGUAUGAAUGAAAUUGAAUUAAAUGCCAAAACAGGGAAGACUAUUCUUUCUACUGCUCGACAAGUAAUUGGAGCAAAAUAUCCUGAUCCAGCUGCUAAAUUUACUGACGUUGAUAAAAAACAUAUUCAAGCAGUGACAGAAUACUGUUGGUUGGUCCAUCCGCUGGAGAAAAAAGCUAAUGAUGAAUCAAAAAUACGACGCGCCAUGGGAAACGUAUUUGCUACACGAACAUUCGCAAGAAAACUUCAAUAUAGUGGUCAAUUAACUCAACGUCCGGCAUUAACAACAAUAGCAAAUACUAAUGCUAGUGUGGCUUAA